AUGGCAGCAUACAAUGCGCUCGAGCAGGUCGACCACGAUGAUUCAGAUAAAGAUCCCCAUUCCAACAAUUCCUCGCCUGCGCACGAUCACUCGCAUCGACCUCUCGCUUCUCCGGUGUUCGCGCCACCGCGGACUGCCCUGAAAUCGCUAUUUUUGGAUGCCCCAGAUACGAGUUACAUUCACGAAGAAGGCAAUUCUCCUAGCCCAAAUGGACUCAGCCAGAUGGUUCAAUCGUUGAGUGAUCAAAGUCGAGGCGACACCAACACGAGUGGGAGUUACGACAUGGUAGAAAACGACGAUUUCGCAGACGAUGCACCCAAUUCGCCUGCCUUCUCAUUCGAAAAGAUCCUGGCCUCUGCUCCUGCAAGCGGAUCUUCAUCACCACAGACACGAGCACCGUUACCACCAGUAAACAUCUCGCGACCCCUUCCACGAGUCCGCCCCCUUCCAGCCACAGCUGCUGACUUUGCGAACCCCCAACCGUCAAAAACAACUUCCCCCAUCGUACGGACAGCGUCUGGCCGAAAACCAGCCUUGAGACACCCGACUCCCGAUUUGCAGGUAUUACAAGGGGCAUACGUGGGAAAUAUUGAGCAUCUGGAGCGAACCGCAGAACGAUUGAGCAUGACUUCGUCAAUUGACCUGGCCAUCAAGGAACUUCACGAUGAGCAGAAACGUUCGGAUAGUCGCAGGUCCUCGUUAGGAUCGGUUCCAGAGAUGGCAGGAAUUUCAAGGCAAAUGUCAAAUGCAUCCUCAAUUGUGGAAGUGAAUUCGGCGGCACGAUCAGGGGGAUACUCGCCUGGAGGCUUCAUGAUGUCGCCAAAGGGAUCGAUAACGGCAGCAGGAAGAAUGCGAUCUGCUUCGAAAAGUUCACGAUUUGGCUCACGCCCGGAGCCAGAGAUGGAGGGUCGACCCCUGGAUUCAUUGAUGAGUUCUGCUCCCUCCUACGUUCCAACGUCCCCGGUUUUGGAUAGGUCGAUUUCGAUCGAGGAACAAGACGAGGAGUCUACGACUCUUACGAGACCGGUGGUGGACCAAUUCAAUCACGCUGAAAGAGUAGAUCAUCCCCAACCAUACGAACAACGACCGGUUACUGCGACAUCGACAUACACCUCAAACGAACAAGCGAUGUUUGAAGGAUUCGAUGGAGACCAUACCGAUUAUCUGCCUCAAGAACCCCUACCUCUUCCACCACCACCAAAAGCCCCUAUCCAUAAUUUCCAUGCACAUUUUGAUUUUGAAGAUGUGCCGCAAGAGACGGAGGAACAAGAGUCACAAGUACCGUCACCCGAACCGCCAUUACACUCAAGGUCCAUGUCGAGUAAUGAUUUAUUGAUGCCAGCUACGCAAAGAAGAGUGUCGUCUGGGAACAGACUUUCAAUGGCACGGCCACAAUCAUAUGCGGAUCCAAGUACAGGUCAACAGAUGGUCUACUACCCGGCACCUGUACCAAUGAUGCUUAACUUACCCCAGAAACUGUCUAAAAAUCCAUCUGCCAUGGCAAGAAAUAAACGAAGGUCUCAAGUUAUGAGCAACAUUCCAGCGGCGGCUCGGCAAUCUGCGAUUUGGCUACCAGAUGUUUUGGAGGACGAACCACAUCUGGUAGGAGACGAGGGCGUACAAUCACAAGAAUACCUACCACAGCAUCAGCGAGCCACCAUGGGCGGAAGGAGACAUACACAAGAUUUGACACAUUUACCUCCGCAGCUGAGAGCAAGCACAUUCUUCGACCUUCAGGCACCACCUCAGACCGUCGAAAUGAAAGAACAAUCGGCGGUGGCCACGUUGGACAGCAUUCUUGACGCGUCCGCACACGCACCGGUCAGCGCAUUUACAGACCAUGCCUUCGCCGGCCACCUAGGUGCAGAAGUUUACGGAAAGCCAAAGCAUGAUAGACAUAGGAGCAGUACUCAAUUGCUUGACCAUCCCCAGAAAAAGCGUAGUAGCUCUUUCAACUUACUCAAGGGCCGUCGUGCUAGCAGUCAAACAUUACUUCUUGAUACAGAAAAGGAAAAGAAGCGUUCUUCUAGAAUGUCCGAUUUAGGCCUUGCUCCAAAGCCUAGGAUGACUCUCGAUGACGAUGAUGAGGAUGAACUGGCUCGAGACAGACUCCCUGGAGAUGAAGUGGAUGGUGACGCGGCGAUAAGACCUGAUUCUGGCGAAUUUGGGGAGGAUGGCGAAGAAGUUGUGGAUGAAGAGGAGGAGGAAGACGGGGAGGAAGAUGAUGAACAAUAUCAUGGCCCUCCAACUACACUUCUCGCGGAACUCCAACUUCGAAAGCAACAACAAAAAUUGCGAACUCGAAAUCUUGGUCAAGCUUAUCCUAAUGGAAUGCACUCUACACUUUUGCAGAUGGACGCUGUAGCGCAAGUUGAACAGAAGUCGAGAAAGCAGAAGAGGGUGAAUUUGGCUUGGGAGGCUCCAGUACAGAAGCAAGAUGAUAACGAUGGAAGUGAUGAUGAUGUACCUCUUGCGAUUCUCUACUCGAAGAAAGCGCAGGAUCUCAAUCGUCCGAUCGGAUUGUUGGAACGUCGUGAGAUGGAAGAUAAUGAACCUUUGAGUAAGCGUCGGGAGAGGAUAACUGGCCGUCCAGCAGUUCCUCGGGCCGUCACAAAUCCAAAUUUGAUCCAGACCGAGGAGCCAGAGGAAGAAGGAGAAACGUUAGCUCAGCGGAUCAAACGUCUGAAAGACAAAGAAGCGGGUGUCAAUGAUCUUGGUCUUCCCAAAGCUCGUCCGAUCAGUGGAGAUUUCGCUUCGGAAAUGAUGAGUCAAUUCGGUGGAGAUCUAGCUACCAAACCCAAAGCAAAAGAAGCCGCUCCACCACCCGAAGACGAAACCCUCGGCCAAAGACGAAAACGUCUCCAAGCAGAACGCGAAGCCGCAGCUGCAAACGGCGACUCUCGACCAGGCCUGAAUAAACGUCACAGUAUGGCAACCAUCCUCCAAGCCCACCCCUCCGCCGGCGCAACCACCCACUCCCAAUCCAAACCCUCCACCGGCCUCCUAGGCCUCCACGAACAAUCCCGCUCAUCCAGCCAACUCCGUCUUGAUACCACGCCCCGCCAAUCCUCGGGCGGCUACAAAAACGGUCCACAAGGCGGGAUCGUACCACCCCAGAAUCCAUAUCCUAACAUGUACGCGCCCCCGCAAUUCGCCCAACCCACUCUGCCCGCGUUUAAUGGGGCGAUGAUGGGCAAUAAUAUGUUUUAUAAUCCGUAUGCGGGCAUGGCGUAUCAGGGGUUCAUGCCGAAUCCCAUGUUGCAUAUGCAGCAGAUGAGCGAGCCGCUUAAUCAGGGGCAGAUUGAUAUGGUGGAGAGGUGGAGGCAGAGUGUUAUGCAGUGA